AUGGCACGGCUGGUCCAGCAGGCAUUUCUCCGAUGGAAGAUGUACAGCCGCUUCGAGCGGACCGUCAAGCAGCUGGCGGCCGUAGUGGACCCCGUGGCGGACGUGCUUGAGAAGCUGCCUGAAAACCGCACACCCACGGACGUGCAAAGGCUGAUGCCGCUGAUUGACGCCUACCGGCAGCUCCACCUGCCUGUACGGGAGCUGCUCGCUUCCUACCUACAACUUGCCGUACUAACCGACCGUACGGAGCUGCCGCGCGGUCCCGCCGACCACACGUGCCUGUUCAGCGUGGUGUACGGCAGUAUGACAGCGCUUAUGGGGGACCCCGCCGACCCCGCAUUGGUCAGCAUUCGCACGUUUGCGGCCGAGCAGCUUCGUGGACACCUCAGCCCCGAAACCAGCAUCCAACGCGCCCCGGCCGGACAAACCAUCAAGUCGGACAGCACGAUCAGCCUUGGCGGCGGCGGCGGCGGCGGCGGCAGUGCAGGAGGCAGCGGGGCGGCGUUUCCGGGCUCCGAGCCGCCGCCGUCCCGGCAGUCGCAGUUGCAAUCGCAGUCCCGGCGGCUGGGUACGGCAGGCGCGGCAGUGCGUGUGGCGGAUGGCGCAGCAGGAGCAGGAGCAGGAGCAGGAGCAGGAGGAGGCGGAGGAUCCACAGAGGGGUCGGCGGAGUCGGGACAGCAAUCGGACUGGAUACAUACCCGGCUAUGGCGCACCGUCAUUGAGAUCAUUAACAAACUUAUAAAGAUGCAGAAGGCCCAGGCGGUUCGGGAGUUGGCCGCGCAACACGCGGCGGCGCUGGAGGACAUGGCGCUGUCGGCGGCGGGGCGCGCAGCGUCGGCGGCUGGCGGCAAGGCCGCGUCGGCGGUGCUUGCGGCGGCGACCGGGUCCUCCGGCGGCGGCGCCAAGGCAGGCGCGGCGGCCAUCGGCAUGGGCGUCCUCCCGGGGGCGGCGGCGGAGGCGGGCUACCUGAGGCUGCUGCCCGCGCUGUCGGCGUUACGAACCCAAGUGGUUGUCAUUCGAACGGGGCAGUCGUUUACCGGAAGGGAGUUGCUGCGUCAGGACGAGGGCGGACCCCUUCAGGUGGACGGGGGGGGCCACGGGGACGCGCCGGGGAGGGCGGUGGCGGCUGUCGUACCCAAGGACUCCCUGGUGGCUGUCGUAUUUGUCAGCAGGGAGGUGUACCACAGGGCCAUGGCGAUGCAGUCCGAGAUUUCCGUACGCCGCGCCGUAGACUGCUGUUGCCGUCUACCAUUCCUCCGCCACACGCCCCUCAAGGAGCUGUACCGCCUGUCCAGACACCUGCAAGAGGUCACCUUCCAGCCGGGGGAGGUGGUGCUGCACCAGGCCCCCGAGCCCUGCCCUACAAACUAAGCUCAAAGCGCUCUUAGGCAAUAAUU